AUGCCGACAAGCACACCUUUGAACACAAGCACUGGCAACACUCAAGUAGAUGAAAGUGCCGCCGAUACUGAAGUGAAUGAUGAAACUGAUGACGAAGCACAAGGGGAUGAAGAUGGUGGGCAAUCAGAGAUCAUGGUACCUCAGCCACCUUACGUUGGGCAGAGAUUUGAAUCGUUCGCAAAGGCAAAGGAAUUCUACCAGACAUAUGCAAAGUUCCAUGGAUUUGCGGUCAACACCGAAUACCAUAGGAAAAUUAAGAAAACUAAUGAGUACAACAGAGGAAUGGUCCAGAUACUAUCACUCAUCCACAGCAAAAAAGGGACUUUGAGUAGCAUGCCCUACAUACCAGCUGACGUCACAAACCUAAAGGCAAAGUACCGUAGAGAGAGAAAGUUGGCUGACAUAGAGGCCACAAUGGCCUACUUCGAUGAGAAAGCGAAGGAAGAUCCAGAUUUCUUCUACCGGAUAAGAUUGGACCAUGAGGACCGUGUCAGGAACAUGUAUUGGGUGGAUGGUGCUGCAAGAAGAGCCUACAAACAUUUCCGAGAUUGCAUUUCAUUCGACGCGACAUAUCUCACUAAUAUGUACAAGAUGCCAUGCGCUCCAUUCAUAGGAAUAAAUAACCACAAUCAGUCGUUGCAGUUCGGAUGCAGGCUCGUUCGGAACGAAGAUACGGAUGGGUACGUUUGGCUGUUCAAGACCUUCUUGGAGUGCAUGGGUGGACUUGCUCUGAUGAACAUAAUAACAUACCAGGAUUUUAGCAUGCGUGCAGGCAUAGAGGAGGUCUUUCCGUUGGCAGUGCACAUGCACUGCAGGUGGCACAUUAUAAAGAAGGCUGAGGAGACACUAGGACCGUUCUUUGCUGACCGUCCAGACCUGCACAAGGCAUUCGAGCUGUGCGUGGACCACAGCUUGACGGUGGAGGAGUUUGAAAGGAGCUGGAUGGCUAUGAUUGAAAGAUAUCAAGUCCAAGUCCACGAGACGCUUGCUAUCUUGUGGGAGAAGCGAAUGUACUGGGUGCCGGCCUACUUCAUGCAGUGCUUCUUCCCGUUUCUGCAGACUACACAGCGCAGUGAGGGGUUCAAUGCUGUUUUGAAGCGGUACGUGAGCCCUGGCAACUCAUUACUACAGUUUGCCAAGCAGUACACCGCUUUGCAACAAAAAAUACUGGGAUCCGAGCUACAGCAAGAAGCAAACACCGCGCUCAAGCAGCCAAAAUUGCUAACGUAUUUACCAAUGGAGAGGCAGAUGAGCAAGAUAUACACCAACACGAUUUUAACAA